AUGGCGGCCAAGGCAAUGUGGGAGGUCGAUCCGGAGACGCGAUCCAAGCUGGCCGCGAUCCAAAAAGAAUCCAAAAACAAUGUCUGCUGCGACUGCAACGCGCCGUCCCCACAGUGGGCGUCGCCCAAGUUUGGCGUCUUCAUCUGCCUGUCGUGCGCGGGCGUGCACCGGGGCCUAGGCGUGCAUAUUUCAUUUGUGCGCAGCAUCUCUAUGGACGCCUUCAAAGCGAGCGAGAUUGAACGAAUGCGGCUGGGCGGCAAUGACCGCUGGCGGGACUUUUUCGACGCGCACGACGACACAGAGAUGCGCGGCCUCUCGUGGGACGACGCUACGAUUGCGGAGCGCUAUAGCGGCGAGGUCGGCGAGGAGUACAAGGAGCGGCUUACGUGCAAGGUUGAGGACCGGGACUACGUGCCCGGGGAGAAGAAGCCGUCCGCACCCGUGCCCGCGUCGUCAGCGUCGCGCACGGGCACGCCGCUGAGCGGCAACGUCAACAGAAACAGCGGCAGCCAGAGCCCGGCGCAGCUCGGCGGCAAGGUCAAAGUGGACGACAAGUACUUUGCCAGGCUCGGUGCGGAUAAUGCCUCGCGGCCGGAGGACCUGCACCCGAGCCAGGGCGGCAAGUACGCCGGCUUCGGCAACAUGCCGGCGGCAAGCAAGAGCAACGGCAACAGCGCGCUGCCCAACUUUGACGAGGUGCAGCAGGACCCUUUUGCUGCGAUUUCCAAGGGCUUUGGCUGGUUCACCUCCACCGUGUCCAAGACGGCCAAGACGGUCAAUGACGGAUACAUUCAGCCCACCGCCACAAAAUUUGCUGAAGGAGACUUUGCCAAGCAAGCGCAGCUUACGGCGGCGCAGCUUGCCAGACAGGCGCAGCUAGCCGGUAAGAGCGCACAGGACGGGUUCAACCGCUUCGUCGAGGGCACAAACGAGCAAGGGAACGCCGGUCGACGCCAGGUCCCUCUGGACGAGAGCAAAACGGAUUUUUGGGACUCGUUCUCGAGCCUCGCGGACCAGAAGCCGGCGCAGAGCAACAGCUCCAUUGGCACGAGCGCCAUGGGCAUGGGCAAGAAGGGAAAUACGGCGCCUGCGGCGCAGAAAAAGAAUGACGAAUGGGAAGACUGGUGA